CAGCUUUGAAAGCUUCAGUCCUUAAGCGAGCUCUGCUGGUUCGAUGCGUCAGCGUGAGCUUUCGGUCGGCAGCUUUUGAAACACGAUCUGAGAACGGAAAGUAGUCAAUGUUCUGCUAUUUGGGCUAAAGUCAUGCAGUUUCGAAUCGUUUGCCUCGUUUGGUGUGUGUUGCCGGGUUUGGUUUUAUCCGAAUCGUGUCCGUCGUUGUGCGCGUGUAAGUGGAAAAACGGAAAAAGAACCGUCGAGUGUAUGGAACGUGGACUAAUCAAAAUUCCGGAAAAUGCGGACCCUGAAACGCAAGUGCUCGAUCUAUCGGUGAAUAAUUUUCAAAUCCUUCCCAAAGAAAUUUUCUUCCGAUCCGGACUAGUUAACUUGCAGCGAGUGUACUUGCGAAGCUGCCGUUUAGGGCAAAUCGACAAUGAGGCCUUCAAAGGAGUGACAAAUUUGAUCGAGCUGGAUUUGUCGAGCAACUUGCUCACUUCUAUACCAUCGGAGACUUUUCAAGACACGCCGUUCCUUCGCGAACUGUUAAUAUCCAACAAUCCAAUUCAAAAGAUUGACGCUGGCGCCUUUCGCAACCUCCGAGGCCUGGUCAAAUUGGAUAUAUCAAAUUGCGAAAUAAAAAUGGUAGCGCCUCGAGCAUUCGAGGGCAUCGAAGGGCUCGAGUCGCUGAAAAUCAACAAUAAUCAUUUAUCGGAGCUGCGGCCGCACACAGUGGAGUUCUUAAGGAAACUUCACGGAGUGGAGUUACAUAACAAUCCUUGGUUCUGCGACUGUCGCUUGCGAGUGAUCAAAGAGUGGCUGAUUGAAAACAAUAUUCCCUACCCGAUAUCGCCCAAAUGCAGUGGAGGUCCGGAAAGAUUGAUUAAGAAAUCCUUCGCUGAGAUCCAUGUGGAUGACUUGGCUUGCAAGCCGGAAAUUCUACCGGUCAGCCGGUAUAUUGAGGCAACUGCUGGCGAAAAUGCUACCAUUUCUUGUCGCGCAAACGCAGUUCCACCAGCUCACAUGAAAUGGUAUUGGAAUGGAAAACUAUUGAUGAAUAACUCGCUAUUUGGAAAUCAUCAACGGAUCAACAUAUUUGAGGUGGGCAAGCAGGAGAAAAAGAGCAUUUUGGUGAUCAACGACGUUCAGGAGGUGGACUUUAUUGAGUUCUACUGUGUGGCGGAAAAUCGCGCGGGCAGUUCCGAGACAAAUUUCACCUUAAGGGUGGUUUCGCGACCCUUAGGCAUCACCUCGCUUGGAAACGGACAAAUCGCCGGAUUGAGUGCCGCACUGGUGGUGUUGAUUUUGUUGGUUCUAAUCAUAAUAUUGGUUCUGUUGGUGCGCAUGAGGCGCAGUCCCUACGUAGAGACAAAAACUCCUAGACAGAUUGAGGUGGUGACAGUUGUGAAUGGAUCGGCUCUUCCAAAUGGCAAAGUGGCGCUAUCUCCUUCAAACCCAUCAAUCCAAGCCUGUGCAUUUCCAGAGCGAAAGCAACCCAGCGACCUCAACUUGUGUAACCCGAUCCAAAAGCCUCCAAGAAUCAAUGAUCAGCCUUAUGCCUCUAGUAACUACAAUGGAAACGGAAGCAUCGUUGCUGGCUCCUACAUUUCACCUUCGUCUAACUCUGGAAACAAUCCAGACUUGAUCAAUGACAUGAGGCAACAGGGGAGCACCGAAACGAUCCCUAAUGCUAUUGGAGACGGCACUCUGGAUCGCCCUAAUAGUGGAGAGUACAGUCGGAAUAUCGACUCCCUCUAUCCCUCAAGCUUGUGGGACAACGACUCUUAUAACAUCCAGAGAGUUGCUAGCAAUAAUUCCGCUUUCACUUAUGACGAUAAAACCCCAAUAAUCGAAGGAACCAGUGCUAACAAUCCAGAAGAACUGUCCAGUUACCGGAAUAGGGUAGUUGGUUAUCCACAAGACUACGGUCUUCCACUGCCAAUGUCAGAAAUGACUUCAUCAGCAACUCAAGUGAGCCUUCCAGCCACCACCAAGACCCUGAGGGUAUGGCAAAAGGGUGGAAUUCCAGUAUUACCUCCAGUAAAUGCUCUUAAAAGGGCCUUGAGUAGUAGCAGAAAUUCGCCCGAUGAAGGCUAUCAAGAGGGUUGCGGCACUGACGUCUAAAUAUAAAGACUUGAUACCUUAUACCAAAGACUAGGUUCCUAAUAUUAUAUUACGUUGCAUGAAUGGAGGUGCUAGGCGAAGAAGUGUUUCGUUGAUAUUCAGGGAAGCAUUUUCAGGUACAGAGUAAGCAACUAUUUGUGCUGUGGUCUCAUAAACUGUAUAAAAAAUGUAAUAAUUGUAUAGAUUUUCUCUUUGUGAUAUACGAUGUUUAGUGAUUUUCUUAAUUUAUUGUGUACAAGUAUUCGAAAGGUAAAAGUUUAUUCACUGUUGAAGUAUACAUUGAUAAAAGACUGAUAUCUAGGUAAUGUGAAAUCUUCAUAUUUUAUAUAUUGGAGGUAAAUGAUAAUAUAUAAAGUGCAUACUAGUUUAGUUUGAGUUGUCUUUCCAAGUCCAUUUGCAUUAAUUGAUUAUAAAGCUUUACACUCCUUUAGUACUAAAUUUUCUCGGUUUUUUUCAACCAAUUUAAUCUGUAAUGAGCUUACAAUUUUGCAAAUUAAAUAUCAUUUUUCUUUGUAGAAAAAUUGAUCAGCUUUAUUCAGGGCAUUUGGCGAUUUUAGUUAUCAUUAAAUGCAGGUUAACAUCUAAAAAUUGUUAACACCUUUUGAUAGUUCCGAAUUUUUAUAAUAGCAAGCCUUUUUUCGAUGUCCUACGAACAUUCCAUGCGAAUACGGAUCAGUGUGCGAUCACUAAAUGUUCUUUUACUUGUGAUGUUUCCGAACGAUUUUUUUUUCUACCUAACAAAAGUAGGACCUGAGUUUUAACGCCUUUAAUUACUGAUUGAUAUAAAAUUAAAGACUGUUUCUUUCAUAAUGGAUUAAAUUAUAGGAUGCAUCAAGUAGGAACAUGUGCUUGUACAGCUUAUUAAGUUUUUAAUGGUAUUUAAAGUUUUUAAUAAUUUAAGCUGAAUUUUUAGCAAGUUUUGAAAAACAUUUUUUUUUUCAUGGAUUCACUAGUGUUUAUUUCCAGUAAAUAAAAACACAUCAUACAUUUAAUUGUUCAUUCAGUCUGGUGCAAAUAUGAAUUGUGUUUCCUUGAACGGAAUCUCCGCCAAGGAGAGCAAAAGCAAGUUCAAGCAUGACAAUGACAAGGAAAAAUACUACAAUUGAAAAACACGUUCUAAACAACAGGAAAAAAGGAAACUGAACAAUAAUUGAUUUUAGGCUAGAAAAUUUUACAGUUGAAAAGCAAUCAGUAGCUUGAUCAUUUGUUAAAAUAUUACAUUUUUUUAAACUUUGAAACGUGGAAAAUAGUUGCGACAUUUUACAGUUUAUAGAAAGAACUGAGUUUUUACCACGCUUUCCGAAAAAUCUUGUUUCUUCAUAGUUUAACUAGUGUUUAUUUCCCGAAAAUAAAAAUUGGGGCAUUUACAAAUUAAAUUGUGCAUUUAAGCUGAUGCAAAUAUGAGUUUUGUUGCUUGGAAAGAAACACAAGUUAAUCUUUGGAAAAAGCAAUAAGUACAAUUUGUAUAUUUUUCGUUACUAAGGCUUUAGAGAAUAAAAUAAUUUUUCGAAUCCUGUAAAUAUUCAGUAAAGUCAUAGAACUCAACUUUUCACCAACAUUUCCCUCAAUUGACUUUAGAAACCUUUUAUGUGCUUUCCUUCGGUCAUAGUCAAAUAUAUGAAAAAUUGUUGCUUUUAUGUUGUCCCCGCUUGACUUUAAAAUACUUUUAUUGUCCCGACAGAAUCUCGAAUACAGUCCCUGUUAAUUUUUACUUUAAGCCUCGUAGAUCCAGAGCAUAUAUUGAUUCAGGAGUUUAUUGGCAUUUCAAAUAAAAUUUUUAUUAAGAAACGUCUGAAAUUACUUUACCCUCGAAAACAAAUGUUAUUUUUAGAUGCUUAAUUGGAAUGAACUUGAGCCUGCCAUUAACGGUUUUAUCAAAUAUUCAUAAUAUGGACUUAUUUUCCAGUAUCCUAAAUAUGGAUUGCUCCGUCCUCUUUUCCAGAAGAAAGCCACACUUUUAUAACAUUAUUGAUAGCUUAUCGUGUGGUUCCGGCCUAAUACAAACAAUGAGUAUUUGUGCGGAACAUUAUUCUAAGUUUAAUUUGUAGAGUAAACCAUACGAAACUGGACAUGUCAUUUAUCAACAUUCAGUUAAAUAUCUUAUUACGAAUUAGUGCACGUGCGAUGAUCACUUUAUAAUAGUCUAUCAUUUAUUUUUAAGUAAUGCCGACAAUUUCUUGAAUAGUAGUAAUGGAAAUGAAAGUUUGUUUUUUUGAAAAUUGUAUUUAAAUCGACCUCUAUAACAUUCUGUUGAAGGGUUUACUGUAAUUUGGUAUCGGCCAUUAAUUGAAAAUACAUAUUGGAGUUUUGGAGCCUAACGAAUAAUUGACGAACGAUCAAUCGCCUCAUUUUAUUCCUGCUAAUAUUUUUAUUUUACCAUUGCUCAAUUCAUCAGAGAAAUUUAUGAAUUUCGUAGAAGUUUGAAAUAUUCCCACUGAGGGCUUUCGAAUGUUUGAUGGACUUUGGUGGUUAUAACACAAUAUCCGAGCCAAUAUUUUGUAGUUGUUUACAAUUUUAAAUUUGAAAUCCAUAAAAUUUUACUUUUGAAUUUAAAACUCAUCGAUUUUUUGUAAUUAACAGUUCAAGAUCUCGCAAAAGUUGCUAGUUUGGGUAUUUCACUUGCAAUUGAAUACUGAUCUAAUUUCGAAAAUUAUCAUAUUUCCGAAAAAAGGCUUUCUGUCUGCUUCAUAUGAGGAAGGAACUAACUUAAAGGAAGUUGGAGACGACAGAGAAAAUUUCCAAUUUUAUCCGGCGCUCAACUUACCUAAAGAUUACAUUAGAUUAUCGAUAUAUUUUCCGUGCUUUUACGGCCACUAGCUCAAUAACUAUUCCGGCUUAAAGGAAAUUGUAAAUUUUGGCGCAGGCGAUUGUUUUUUUAAGUUAACUUUAAAAUGCGAGUUUCAAAGGAAACUGUUGAUCCCAUUUUAAGUUUGGAAACCUAUUUGUACUGCUUUGAAUACAUUGCCUAAUAUUUAUCUUUUUCAGACUCGAAUUUCCAAAGUAUGACAACAAAUAUAUAAUGUUUCAAAUAGACAUGAAUUCACCGGUGAUUUUUUCGUAUAGUUAGACAACUCUUGUAAUAAUUAUUUCACCUUCAGUUUACUUUAUGUGCAAGUUAAUAAAGUAAUUGUUAAUAAGCCAAUAAUAAUAAUAAUAAUAAAUGUAAAAACAGGCAUUGUAUAAUGUAUAGUUGACGCAGUUCUAGACCCAAUUGUAUAAAAGUCGAUAAUCGAUUCUGUUGACUUUCAAUAACGAUAACAUAAUAAUACCUAGGAUAAAACUAAUAAAAAAUUUUGUAUUUUAUUUUUGUAUUGUUCAAAACGGACUAUGUAGAUGAAAAUUAACUUUGGCAAAUUUUCUUUGUAAUAUGCAUUUGUUGUUCCUGAUUAAAUUAUGCAUUGCCAUUUGCACGAACAACAAAUUCUAGUUUACAAAGCAAUGCGCUCUGUAAAUUACAUAAUUCAGUAUUGCCUAAAUAUAAUUUUCAAAGUAAUAAAAAUUCAGUAUUUGUAAUGUUAUCAGUACGUAUGUAACAUUGGAAAAGAUAAUAAUAUCUUUUAUUAAAUGUCUUACAAAAUA